UUAUUUAGUAGGCAUGGUGAUACUAAAAUGUACUUGAAACAUUUGAAUUUGAAAUUUACAGUGCAUUCGAAUUACUUCAGUUUGUGGUAAAUUUUAUUUUUCCAAUUUUAAAUUUCAAAACAACUGGUGUUGAAGAUGUCGGAAAACUGUGAGGACCCAGAUUGCUUCAAAGGUUCGAAAUGGUUUUCAACACGGGAAUGUGGUAGAAGUCAUAGUAGAGUAUUUGAUAACAACUACAAAGCUGCUGUUAGGGCAUACCAAAACUUUAUGGAAGGUUUCCAAUUGGUUUUAUCAGAAAAUGAACGUAAAAUGAAUGCAGUUCUUCACCGCCGUUCUUUUCCUCUGUGGUUUCAAGAACUGUCCGACGAACAGGUCGAUGCUAUGAACCUGCUUCUGUCUGCUAUUAGGGACGACAUAGAUGAAGAUACUGUUUUUCGUUGCCGCAGGUUAAUCAAACGUCUAGGCGUGUAUCCAAUGUGUCCGACAGCAACGUUUCGGGAAGCUCUUAUCAUGUGCCGUGGCAACGACUUGUCCUUUCUUUGGUUUCUCCUGGAACUGUUCUACUCCGGAAAAGCAUUGAUUUACACCAAUAAUGAACGUUUAAUUAUGUCAGCUAUGUGCCAUCUGGACAUGAUGACCACUCUUGGAGGGUUAGAAGGGAUUUUGCCACCCGCUUGCCCAUCGUACCCUCGGUGUGUAUUGACUAAGAGAAAAUCUCCUCGUUGGCCAACCCACGCUCGCUACUGUUCUCCUUAUUUGGAGCCACAAAAUGUACCACGACCUUCGGUGAAAUGUUAUCCUGCUUGCACAUUCGAAGCGCCGGUGCCGUUUUGCAUUUCCCGUUAUGCUAUGUAUCAGGACCCGGACUUUAUUAUUCCCAAUGAAGCGUCCCGAUGGUUUGCCCGACAAACGCAGGGUCAUCAGACUUCGUUUGGUGAACCAAAAGAACGUGUUAAACGCACCAUUCCGUUAUCCAGUGCCUGUGGAAGUGCGGAGCUGAUAGUGAAGGAGUUGCUCAACAAUCAGAUCGCUCUGAUGGUUGGACAGCAAAACGAGCAGCAGGAAUUGUGCAGGAAGCAUCAGGAUAUGGACAAGCGCAGGAGAAAGCUUAUGGGGUUGUUGGCAAAGCGGACGGAAGUAAGAGAGAAGAUUAUGAAUGAUGUCGCCAAGGCUGCCGAUAGGAAACGCAAGGAAGAGCAAGUGGCUCGAGACCGUCAAAUGAUUAAGCUGUUGCUACGUAAAGUUAUCGACGAUUCCAUCCUAACGGCGAUGCUUACUCCACGAGGUAACUGUCCGGAAUGUUGGGAAGCAUUCGAACAACAACGUAAGUUACGGGACGGAACAAGGUGCUCUUGUGAUUCAGAGCGAGGUGUUUUUUGUUUGCGAAGCAUGCUAGCAGUUAAUCAAAGUUUCGGGCAAAAAUAUUUCAAAUGUUGCCGUGGAUCUAUCCCGUACCAGUUUGACUAUAAGAAAAUUUUGGAGGAUGAUAGCAAUGGUAAACCAGUUUGCCCAGUUAAGAAAGCCAUUCGUUUAGCACUUGGUAUGGAAGAUGGGGAUUUCGAUGAGGGAGAGGCUAUCGGACGUUGUUUGAAGGAAAUGUGGCGCUGUGAGCUUCGACUUUGGAAUGAGAAGUUCCUCAAAGGGCGCGAGGAGGCAAGUGAAAAGAAAACCGAAAUAGAUAUGCUGGAUUACGAGUUUGUUGACUCUAAAGAUCCAAUUUUUCUUCAAAAGCUUUUGAAGAGAGCGCUGUUGAAGCUGUGCGAAGAUCCGAAAUAUGUGCUUGCUACUUUUCCAGAUGCCCACAAACUGCCCUUUUUGAAUUCUUGGAUUCAGCAUCGGUACGGUGUAAGAAUUUCACAGGGGCGAAAAGAAACUUUGUUACAACAGAGUAAAUAUUUCUGGAACUGGCUGAUUCCACGUGUUACUGCUAUGCGCUGGCCGGUUUGCAAAGAUCUCGGGAUGCAAGGUCGCGUUAAUUGGAAUUAUAAACGAAAGUUGGAAAAAACUGCUCAAGAACAGCUGAGCAAAUUUUACCGCAAGUUUAAAAAGGUCCAGAUUCAGGAAGGUCAUCUCUAUUGGCACACGAUGGAUCCCUACCAUACUAACGUUGAUCGUUUCCGGCAAAUUUUCCUCGAUUAUCUUCCCAACUGUGAACCUUUGAUUGGACCGAUGGUUCGCCCUUGGCAUCCAUUCGAGUUUCGCCCAAGUGCUGGUGUGCUACCAUGUAGCGAGAGUAAAACACGUUGUAAAUGAUAUUAUUUAUGUUUCCAAAUGUUAACUAGCAUCACCUACAAUAUACAUUUGAAAAUGUUUUGACAGAACUAUUACACGUUUUGCAGCUAGGUCUCUUCUAACACAUAAUAUCACAAUAGUUUGCUGCUAGGCUUUCGUACUAUAAAAAGCAGUAACCGAUCAAUUGAGUAAUCUAUGUGAAAUUAUGUUUAACAUUUGGUGAUUAGCUGAUGUAGAAUAUGUGUUUAAAUCUAUUGUUUUUGUGGCACCGUUUGUGUAGUUUUCAUGUUAUACUAAAGUAAAGUUCUAGUCUGAAAAGUUCCAUUAAACUAUUAUAGAACAAAUUUAAGCCUAACUACCGCCAGGAGCACGUUAAUUUGUCUCAUUUCUUCACUACAGCAUUACAUUUAUACACGUACAUCAAUAUAGUUUCGCAUUUGAACACGUUAUUAAAUAGAGUAUCAGGAUAAUGAAUGAUUGUAAAAUCUAUCGUAGGGAAACCAAUGCACAUUUGUAACGAUUGGUAGUUCUCAGGUACGUCGUAUGAUUUUUUUAUGAUAUAUUUUCGUCAAAAAUCAGCA